AUGGAGAUCCUCUUGAACGGGCGCCCGGUGGAGGAGCUGACCACCAUCGUACACAGAGCGCGUGCCUACAGUGCUGGCAAGUCUAUGUGCGAGCGCCUGAGAGAGUCCAUCCCCCGGCAGAUGUUUGAAAUUGCAGUGCAGGCCGCAGUUGGCAGCAAGGUGCUCGCAAGAGAGACGAUAAAGGCGUACCGCAAGAACGUGCUCGCCAAAUGUUACGGAGGAGACAUCACGCGGAAGAUGAAGCUGCUGAAGCGACAGGCCGAAGGAAAGAAGAAGAUGAGGCAGAUUGGAAACGUGGACGUUCCCAAAGACGCCUUCAUAAGUGUUCUGAAGAGGAAGGACAAGUGA